AUGCGGAGGAGGCGAAGGCGACAACGAGCUCCGUCGCUGGAAUCCGCAGACAUUAUCCGGGAGAUCCUGCUCAAGCUGCCCACCAGGAGCGUCACUCGCUGCCGCUGCGUCCCCAGGCUCUGGCGCGAUGUCGUCGCCGACCCCACCUUCCGCAGACUCCACGCCGAGGCCGAGGCCGCCGGCCACCUCCCCGUCACGUCGGAGGCCCUGCUCGUCAUGGAGACCCGUGAGGAUUGCAAGCCCGACGAGGCCAGUUUCUUCUGCGUCUCCUCGUCCAAGACAACGCCCAUGCCCCACCGAGUCGUCAUCCCCAGCGGCUACAGCCUCUCCAGCGUGUGCAAUGGCCUACUUUGCUUCGCCCUCGACUCCGCCGCCGAGGUGCCGGCAUUCAUCUGCAACCCUCUUACGGGCGAGACGGCGAUCCUUCCCAUGGCGGCGUCCAAGUGGCACCGGAAAGGCCCUACCAUCUACCAUCAGUUCGCCUUGGGGUUCAGUCCUUCCACCAAGGAGUACAAGCUGUUCCGAAGCAGAAAGACAACAUUUCAUUGUGCCAGCCUGCUCUCACCUUGGCAACACCACAAUCGCCUUGGUGUGCCGAAGCAGAAAGACAACAUUUCGAGCGUAAAUUGUUGCUUUCAUUGUGCCGACACGAAUGAAAACAUCACGUAUGUGCUGAGUUAUCUCAAACUGCCGGCAAGUAUCAACACGAGAACACCUCUUGGCAAUGCAGGAUCGAACCCGCCAUAG